CAGUCGAUUCUGUGUCAAUUUGUAUUAUCUUUUUUCUCUUCUCUCCUCCUCACUCACAACGACAAGUGAGAGACAGAGAUAGAUAGAAAUAAAAAGAAGAGAGAAAAAAGAGAGUUAUAGUCACCAAAUAGACCAAACCCUGAAGUUAAAUUCACACCAACAACUUUGAUCAUUACCCCAAUUCUCUCUUCUACCUCUCUCUCUCUCUCUCUCUCUCUCUCUAAACAGCUUUAAGCUUCUUCUUCUUCUUCUCUUCCAAUGGCGAAAGGAGACUCUCUUCAUGACUUUACCUCCAAGAGACACAAUAGUUUCCACUGGACCAGAAAAGUCGGCUCAGACGAACACGACGACGUUUCUUCUACCCACAACCCUCUUCCUGAUAACAACACUAAACCCGUUUCCAAACACACUCCUUCCUCUUCCUCUUCAUCUAAUGUACUCACUCCCAAACGAAAGCUUCAAUCUUUCGCCGUCUCUCGUCUCCGUUCUGUUAUAGCUUCUUUAAGCAGAGCACGACCCGGUAACCACCACUCCGGUCUCGGGUCACGGGUCGUGGGUACUCUUUUCGGAUCUCGUCGUGGACACGUGCAUUUCUCUAUCCAGAAAGAUCCUAACUCUUCGCCGGCGUUUCUGAUCGAGCUCGCUACUCCGAUUAGUGGGUUGGUCAAAGAGAUGGCUUCAGGACUCGUCAGAAUCGCUCUGGAGUGUGAUAAGGGGAAGGAGGAGGAAGAGGGAGAAGAAAAAAACAAAACUUUACGUCACGGCGGAGGAGACAAGACGAAGACGACGACGGCGACGGCGAGUUCACGGCGGUUGGUUGAGGAGCCGAUGUGGAGGACUUACUGUAACGGGAAAAAGUGUGGAUUCGCUACGAGGAGAGAGUGUGGUGAGAAGGAGAAAAAGGUUUUGAAAGCUCUCGAGAUGGUUUCAAUGGGCGCCGGAGUUUUACCGGAGACGGAGGAGACAGGCGGCGGAGACGGAGGAGGAGAUGUGAUGUAUAUGAGAGCGAAGUUCGAGAGAAUCGUUGGAUCGCGUGAUUCAGAAGCUUUCUAUAUGAUGAACCCUGAUAGUAAUGGAGCUCCUGAGCUUAGUAUCUAUCUACUCAGAAUCUGAAGAAGAAGAUGACCAAAGCCUCUUCUUCAAAAGGAAGGGUUCUGGUUUAAGUGAGAUUUUCCGGUUUAAUUACUUAAUUAGUCGGUUAAGUGGUUAAUGUGAGUCGAUGUCUAAUACUUAAUAAUUCGAAAACGACGUAUUUCUAUAUCAUUUCAAUUCGGAUUAGAUGUGAGUAUGUGAUCGAUUCAAUCGAUCUAGACUUCUAGUGGUUAUUAGCUCAAGGGUUUUAAUUUUUUGGGGGGAAUGGUUUAGAAGGUUUUUUUUUGUUGUUGUUAAUUUUGGUAUAUGGAUAUGGAUGAAGACUACUACUACUUGUAAUUGUAUAAAUUUCGUUUUUUUUUUAAAAUUAAAAAUCUGUAAUC